AUGACAACACAAGGAGCUGUUACCGAUGAUCUUCUUUCCAAGCUGGCUGAAGACAUCGAGACAGGUGAACAGAUGGAGGGCUUAGGACGAACACUAGGGUUCAACGCUGCAGCCAUCAAUAGAUACACAGAAACUAACAGACUAGAAGGACGAGUCACUUGCAAGGGAACACGUGACAUGCUGUUUGACUGGAGACAGACCGUGGAGCCUGCCGACCAGCAUCUCAGGCUGAAACAAGCUCUUAUUGAUGCUCAUCUAGUCACGCUUGCUGAAACUCAUCUUAAAGAGACAAUAACCACUCCGGACAUAUACAGUGAGAAGAUUUCGGAAUCUCUGACUGUUCGAAAAUGUCGCACAAUCUUGGAGGAUACAUACUCGACAGAGCUAUGCAAAAUUCAAAUGAAACCGUGGGACAAAGAUGAUUAUGCAGAGUUUGAAGAAAUGCACACCGUUGUUACUAUGGUAAAGAAAGACUCUCAUGGAGAAGAUAUUAAGGAAAAGGAAAUACUUAAAGGCUCAGCUGGGAAAAUAUUUUCAGCAAAAGUAAACGGAAGGUUUCCACCUCGAAUCCUUAUUUCGGCUCCAGCAGGACGAGGAAAGACGACAGCUGUGGCUAAGAUGGCACACGACUGGAUUCACAAAGAACAUGGGUCAGGAUUAGAGGACUUGCCACUUCUGUUUGUUGUAAAGUUUCGAAAUACAAGUAAAACAACAUCGAUUGGAGAAGCCAUCAUAUCGCAACUCCUGAGUGAUGUUGAUGAUCUGACACCAGAGGGGCUAGAAAGUUUUAUCAGACAGCAUCAGGGAAUCUGUCACAUUGUACUUGACGGGCUAGAUGAGUAUGCUGGGAUUUCUUCCACAAGCAACAUCUUAAGCAUUCUCCAAUGGAAAAUGUUUCGACAAUGUCGAGUUCUUGUUACAACUCGACCUCACCUGGACGACUUUUUCAGUCAAGGGGAUCUACCAAGGGUAUACACGAAGAUGGUGAUCGAAGGCUUCUCACCAGAGAGCUCCCGUAAUUACAUCGACAAGUUCUUUACUUCCAUUAACAAGUCUAUGAGUGCAGAUGGUCUGAAGGUUUAUCUUGAUGAGCAACCAUUAAUUGAGGAACUGGUAAAAACGCCACUGUUUUGCCUCAUGGUUUGUCACCUAUGGUCUGAAGAUCCACUUCAAAGUGAUAUUACAAAUCAAACAGCAUUACUCGACAAAGUGAACGUGUUUUUAAUGCACCAUGCGAAUGCUCGUUCACCCGGCUUGAUAGAAUCAACCCAAAAUCUGACCAAAAUAAUCCUCAAACUUGGUGAAGUUGCUCUAACUGGUUUGCUCAAUGAUUCUAAGAAGUUAGUAUUUAAGUCUCGUGAUUUUCUGAGAAUUCCUUCUAUCCUGCAUAUGGCAUGUGCCCUUGGAAUAGUGUCUAAGACAGUUGUUUCAACCGGACGUCUUCCUCAAACAAGCGAAACAUCUAUAACUACUAUUGAGUUUUAUCACAAACUUGCUCAAGAACAUGCAGCUGGGAAGUUCCUUGCCGAUGAAACAAAUCGCUUUAUGUUUGCUUUCAAGAUUAGUAAGAUAGACCGAGUACUGCGAAAGAUUAACAGAAACAUUAGUGAAUAUGAAAAUCUUAUUCGCUUUGCUGCUGGUACGAAGAACAACCUCUGCGUAAGAAUAAUGGAAACGCUCCUUACAAAUAGCUAUUUAUCUGAGAGUGAGCGAUAUCGUAUUCUCCUCGAUUGUUCGUCAGAGUCUGGGGUUAACGUUGGGGGUGUGUCAUCGUUGAUUCGGAGGUGUGUGACGGCACAGAGUAUGAUCUUAAAGUCACCAACAGUAUAUACUGCAGUUGGGAUGCGAAAUCUUCCUAGUGAGCUGAAACAGAAGGUUGUUCAUGUGCAGUUCGAGGAGUCAAUCCUGGCAACCGCUGUGACAGAUAGACUAUGGUCCUGUCUUAAAUCAUUUCCAGAACUAGGUUACCUCACCAUCUCAGACUCAUCUCUCAUUUUCCCUUCAUCUCCUCCUGAACUACCAUCCGUCAUAAAGCUAUCAGUCAAUAAAGUGACGUUACAAUGCUACGAAGGGUUGAUCUCAUCACUACCUGGGUUGCAAGAUAUCGAUGUCGAAGAUGCAGCUAGAGAUGACUUUGUUGAAUAUGUCGAAUCUUCAACACGUUUGACAUCAUUGCAACGACUUGAGAUAAAGUGA